UUUUAACAGCAAAACCUUUUCCAGAAGAAGAAGCUUCCCCUGUCUCUUCAGCUCCCGUUCUUCAGUUUCCAGAUUCAAAUGCUCCCUGGUUGCUUCUCCAUCACUUCGUAACGUAUGAUAUUGCAGAGUUCGUUGAGGCUUCGAAGACCGGAAACCUUGUACCGCUCUUCCGCUGCAUAUUCUCCGAUCACCUGACUCCGGUUCUCGCUUACCGAUGUCUUGUGAAAGAAGACGAUUGGGAAACUCCGAGCUUUCUGUUCGAUUCGUUUGGACAUGGUUACCAAGCUUCGAUUUUGGGACGUUACAGUGUGUUGGGGUGUAAACCAUCGUUGGAAAUUGUGGCGAAGGAGAAUCAGGUGUUCGUAACGGACCACCGGGAAGGGCGGAGGACGGAGGUGGUCGCGGAGGAUCCGAUGAAGAUUCCUCAAAGGAUUAUGGAAGGAUGGACUCCCCAGCUUAUUCACCAGCUUCCUGAUACGUUUUGUGCCCACAACGAUGCGGUGAAGUUUGCAGAAGCUUCUAAGAAUGGAAACAUAAUUCCGCUCUAUCGCUGCAUAUUUUCCGACCACCUGACUCCGGUACUGGCUUACCGGUGUUUGGUCGGAGAGAAUGAUCGAGACGAUCCAAGCUUUUUGUUCGAAUCAGUCGACCAAAACAACCAACCUCCGACCGCGGGACGUUAUAGUGUGGUUGGAGCUCAGCCAACGCUAGAACUGGUGGCUACAGGGAAUUCAAUUACAGUCAUGGAUCAUGAGAAUGGGACUAAGACAAAGGAGAUCACUGAGGAUCCAAUGGUAAUUCCUCAGAGGAUCAUGGAAAGUUGGAAACCACAAUUGAUCGAAGAGCUACCCGGGGCAUUUUGUGGUGGAUGGGUUGGAUAUUUCUCAUAUGAUACUGUCCGACAUGUGGAGAAGAAGAAACUUCCAUUCUCUAAUGCACCUAAAGAUGAUAGAAAACUUGCAGACAUUCAUUUAGGCCUUUAUGACGACGUAAUAGUGUUUGAUCAUGUGCAGAAGAAAGCAUAUGUGAUCCAUUGGGUGCGGCUAGACAAAUAUUCUUCGGUUGAGAAGGCGUAUAUUGAUGGAAUGAAUAGAUUAGAACUUCUAGUAUCAAGAGUGCAAGAUAUUGGUAGCCCGAAGCUAUCUACAGGUACUGUGAAGUUGAAGACUCACCUCUUUGGUUCUUCACUCAAGAUGUCAACCAUGACAAGUGAAGCAUAUAAGAAAGCUGUAUUACAGGCUAAAGAACAUAUUCUUUCUGGGGAUAUUUUCCAAAUUGUGCUAAGUCAACGUUUUGAGCGCCGAACAUUUGCAGAUCCAUUUGAAGUAUACAGAGCAUUGAGAGUUGUGAAUCCAAGUCCAUAUAUGACUUACAUACAAGCUAGAGGAUGUAUUCUAGUUGCUUCAAGCCCAGAGAUUUUGACUCGUGUGAAGAAGGGGAAGAUUACUAACCGACCACUUGCUGGAACUGUUAAAAGAGGGAAGACAAGUGAUGAGGACAAGAUGUUGGAAAAGCUUCUGCUGAAUGAUGAAAAACAAUGUGCAGAGCAUGUUAUGCUAGUCGAUUUGGGACGGAAUGAUGUUGGAAAGGUCUCCAAACCUGGUUCUGUGAAGGUGGAGAAGCUGAUGAAUGUUGAGGGGUACUCUCAUGUAAUGCACAUCAGCUCCACAGUUACAGGCGAAUUACGUGAUGGUCUCACUUGCUGGGAUGCCCUACGUGCAGCUUUGCCUGUUGGAACAGUUAGUGGAGCACCAAAGGUGAAAGCCAUGGAGUUGAUAGAUCAAUUAGAAGUUACUAGGAGAGGGCCAUAUAGUGGUGGUUUUGGAGGCAUUUCAUUCACUGGAGAUAUGGACAUUGCACUUGCUCUCAGAACAAUUGUUUUCCCAACUGGGCCUCGUUACGAUACAAUGUACUCGUAUGGACAUGCGAACAGACGUCAAGAAUGGGUGGCUCACCUUCAGGCUGGGGCUGGGAUUGUUGCUGAUAGUGUUCCUGAUGAUGAGCAGAAAGAGUGUGAGAACAAAGCUGCUGCUCUUGCUCGUGCCAUUGAUCUAGCAGAGUCAACAUUUGUUGAGAAAUGAAGGUGUCACCAUUGAAUUCCAUUGUUCUCCAAAUGGUUGUAUUACUAUGGAAUGUUUUUGGUA